AUGGAAUUAAUUCUAACCCCAUGGGAGAUUAUAUAAAGAAUUUUUACAGAAAAAUUCAAAUUAAUUAUUUAAUUCCAAAUAGGGGCUAAGAACAGAAAUCCUCUAUAAAUCACCUGAAAUACAUCAAAUUGUUAGGCAAAAACUCUUAAAAUGCACAGAAAAUAUCGUUAAAAAGUGUAAUCCUGAAAACUUAGAUACAUGUGUUGACGAGCAUAUGGCACCAUGUAGAGAAUUCAAGCUGCAAUACGAGUCAAAGCGAAAUGAGCUCUUAGAUAAAAUUAAGAAAGAUAUGCUAGCCUCCAAUCCUGUUAAAAUAAAAAUUAAAUAUAAAUUAAUUGAUUAUUUUUAGUUAUAAAUUUGUGAGGAAAACUAAUAUAAUGAGGGUAAGCUCAUGUUUGAAUUCAGAAGACAAAGAAUCUUGCAAGAGAAGAGUUGUGGAGUCAAAUAUUUCAGAAGUGGACAAACUACUUGAGUUUUUACAAAGAGUUUAA